AUGGAUGGAGAACGACGCGAACUGCGAAGUUGGUCAAUAGAACCACGCGAUCGACGUGUACAUGCAGUAAGUCCCAUGCAUUUGCAGGAAGGUCGAAUCCUCAACUCAUUACUGCAUGAGGCUCAUAAUAUUUCCACUUCAAGCAAUAAAAUAAAUGCUCAGCAAGUGGAUGGCACUGAAAUUGAUGGAGUGGAAGAUACCAAAUUAAAACAGAUGAUUAGCAAAUAUCAGUCACAAGUAAUUCAGCAGCAGCAACAGUUGUCAAAUCGAACCAGUCAUGAACUCAUCAAAAGUUUUGCAACUUCGUCUACUCAACCCCAAAUACCACCGAUGAGUCAUUCACAGCCAUGUCUCAUAACUGUCAACGACCAGAAAAACGAAUUAGUCACAGAAUCUGUUUCACCAGUUUAUCAUCCCAGUCCUCCAUUUGAUGGGAACGAACAUGCAAAUUUGAAGACACAACUAAUUGCUAAUCAAAAUUUAGUUCGAGCAUUGCAAGACGAAAAUUCUGCCUUGAAGCAGCAGUGCGAUUUCUUAACUGUUAAAGCAAGCCGUUUGCAGCAGUUAGAAAAAGCCUAUGAAACUAUCGAAAAGGAGUACGAAAAUUUAACGGCACAGAAGGAGAGGCAAGACAAUCUUGAGAAAGCGGCACGUAUGAAAAUGGAGCAACAGAUCGCAAGGUAUGCUUCCGAGAACGAAAUGUUGCGAACGAAAAUUGCUGAAUUAAUACGAAGGAUACAGGCAGAAGAUCAGUCAGAGCAAAUUAAUAAGCUUAAUUUGUUGCUCAAUGAAAUCAUUCCUCAAAAUAAAGAAUUGAUGGCAUGCAAAGAGCGCCAGAAAAUGGAUAUUGAAGCGUUGGAAGUCACCUUGAAGGAUCAGAGGAAUCACAUUCAGAUUUUGGAGAAGGCUUUAGGAAAUGCACAAGAAAAAGCAUGGAGGAAAGAAAAAGAAGUAGAGGAGCUUACAGAAAGAGUAGAAAGGGCCGAAUCGUUGCAGAAAGCUGUUGAAAAAUCAAUGUUCGAUAAACGAUCUCGAGAAGAUGAAUGGAACCGUGAAAGGGCGCAACUUGAGAUGGAAAAUGCUCAACUGAAAAUGCAGCUGGCUAAAGAAAGCGUUUCGGUUGGAGUGAAAAAGGGUUCGAGUGCUAGAAAUCCAGAAAGUGAUGAGCUAACAAAGCUCAAAAAAACUCUUCAUGCGAAAGAGGAUGUUAUUACGCAGUUGGAAAAAAAUGUUAUUGAACUAGAAGCCAAAUUUCACGAGGAAAUGCAGCGAAAUAAAAUGGCGAUAGCUACACAGUCGGAUACACUUUCUGGCAAAUUGAAAAAAAUGGAAGAAGAAAAGAGUGAGAAAGAUCGGAAGAUAGCAGAAUUAACGGAAGAGAAGGAAAGACUGUCCGAAAAACUAGAAGACGAGCGCAAAAGUUCAGAAAGCAGAACAAGUUUGUUGGAAAGAGAAAUUGAUCGCAUUAGGAAUAGCGAUGAUCGCAGGUUUCGCGAAGAUAUGGCGCGUAUGGAGCAAAUGCGUUUGAAGAUUGCUGAUAGACGCUGUUUUACAACAGAGCGUUCCCGUAACCGAUGCGUACAUCACGGGCGAACAUCAUCCGGAACACGCGCUGGAUUUGUUCAUAUUCACUUCAGAGCAAAUUCAGCAACAGCACUUCUACCUACUGACUUGCAUCUUUCGUCACCAGAUGCACUUCCAACAUCACCCGAUAUGCCAUUGGAUCUGUCAAAUGAUAAUAGUGCUACUUCUGCUGCUUCUGCUGUCAUCACUGCUACUCGUUCAAACAGCAAAGCUUUAACGUUCCCGCAUUCCUCGUCAUGUCAGGAGGAGAUUUUCGCAGAUCAAAAUGCUGCUUCUACUGAUAUGAAGGGAAUAUACAGCAAAAAUCUUAAUGGCUAUACGCGACCAAUUUCAAUACCGCCGCAUUAUGAUUUAGCAUUUUCUGAUAGUGAAAGUAUAUAUUCUAGAAUUUCGAAUCGAUCAGCUGCAAAAUCAAAUGAUUCUGCUUCCAUCGCUAAUGAAGAACUGUGUGGAAAACAGAUUUCAGCCGAAGAAAUUUGGGAUGUUUAA